UGAAUGACCAACUUUUUUAAUUUCAGGGAAGUGCCUGUUUUUGUCUGGAUUUACUGAGGAGCAACUCAACCAUAUGCAUGACAACACCCUGCCUGUCAAGUACAGGAUGGGCUUCACCAACAUGGUGGCAAGGGCAACACCAGGGAGCAAAGACCUCUCAAGUAAAGAGUUACGUGAAGGAGGCAAAAUUCUCGUAGAGAAGUUAAAGAAAUUCAAGCCUCUUAUUGCUGUUUUCAAUGGAAAAUGUAUCUAUGAAAUGUUCUGCAGAGAGUUGUUUGGUAAAAAACCUCAGAAUCUUGAAUUUGGUUUGCAGCCACACAAGAUCCCCGACUGUGACGUG